UGAAGCUCAUACAUAGUAGGGCGAGAUAUCGCGGGCUGUAGAUGGUUUUAUAAAAUAGUGUAUAUUUAGGAUUUUUUAGUACUCUAAGUGUUGUGAAAUGGCGCUGAAAAGUUUUAUUUUGUUGUCAAUGCUUUUGGCCUGCGUGGUCGCGCAAAAUAGAUAUCAAGUAUGCGUGUCAUCAACAAGCCAGUGCCAAGCUUUGGAGUUGGGUGAUUCUCAAGCCAUCUGCACCCCGGUUGAAUCCAGAGUGGACUGUGCGUUGCAGCUAGCGCGCGGCACAGCUGACGUGGGCUUCUUCAGCGAUGAGGAGCUCCUGGUCCUCGCGCAGACGCAGCCCAACGACCACCGCGUCAUUGCGACCGUUAGGGACGUCACUAAACCAGGUGCGGUGUCCUUCCAGGCAGUGGCAGUGGUCCGCAACACCCACACUAACGGACUAGAGGGGCUGCGUGGCAGCAAGUACUGCCACCCUGGCUUAGGCGAGGCUGCGCUGCGCUGGUCACCCCGCGUUGAGAAAGAACUUGAGACUAGGGCCGCCAACACGGACCGCUGCCCAGAGGCAGACUACAAGUUCAAGACAGCCGAGGAGAUGGAGGUGGCGGCUCUGAGCCAGUUCUUCGGAGACUCCUGCCGCCCAGGAGCCUGGAGCGCCAACGCUACCGUUGACGCCGAACUUAAGCGUCAGUUCCCUAGCCUUUGCGCGCUGUGCGGCCCGAACUCCUCAUGCGACUAUACUAUCGAUAUGGGCAUCACUAUUGCUGGUAUUAACAAUAACAACGCACACGUCAAGGCCCUGGAGUGUCUCAGGACUAGUGGUGAUGUCGCUUAUGUGGCGUGGCAGCACGUUCGCGAGUUCUUCACGGUUCGCAACAACGACAUCGUUGGCAACUUCUCUCUCCUCUGCCCCAACGGCACACUGGUUGCCCUCAACACUACAAACCUUGCGAACACCAACGCGCCAUGUGCUUUCGUCUCACAACACUGGAGCGCCAUCGUCGCUACUUCUGCCCGAGCCAACGAGAUCCAGACCAACCUCCGCACGUGGUGGCCCGGCGGCAACAACCCCUCCGAUAACUCUUGGCGCUCCACGCUGUACUCAGUUCUGGUGCCGCAGUCUUCAACUGCACAAGUCACCAUGGAGGAUACUCUCCUGUCGCCUGCUAACUUUACUCAGACUAGCCGCCCGCUAACAAGCAUUGACAGCGCAACAUCCUGCGUGGCUCCUCGCGUGUGGUGCACUGUCUCAACUCUGGAGCUAGCCAAGUGCAACUGGGUGCGAGCUGCCGCUUACAGCCUGGGAAUCAAGCCGACAAUCUCAUGCGUGCAACGUUCCGACACCUUCCAAUGCCUGCGAGAUGUGCGAGACCGCAACGUUGACUUCCUAGCCACUGCCUCUAACUACGGAUACCUCGCUAGACAACACUUCAGCCUGUCACCAGUGAAGCUCGUUCAGAACCUGCACUCCGACCCCAACUCUUUCUCUCGAGUAGUAGCUUUAGUGAGAAACAGCUCGGACAUCACCCGCUUCGAGAACCUUCGCGGCAGGAAGGCCUGCUUCCCUGAAUAUGGAGGCAUCUCCUACGUGUCAUUCGUGCGUACUGCGCAAGUGCUCGGCGUACUGGACGACAGGGAAUGCGACUACGCCAAGGCUGUGGGUGAAUUCUUCGAGGGCGCCUGCGCUCCCGGCGCCCAGGACGCCUCGCACGCUCUCGGCCAGUCGAACUACAACGUGACCAAUCUCUGCAGUCUUUGCAAGCCCACCACAUCCGCUAGCAACUUUACAUGCGGUUGGGACCACUCUAACAACCUGUACUUCGGCAACAAUGGUUCCUUGUCUUGCUUGGCUAACAACGACGCGGACGUGAUCUUCGUGGAAACCACCAAUAUUACUGAUUACCUGACCGCCCUGAACCUGCAAGGCUCCCAGUUCCGCGCGAUCUGCAGUAACAACACCUUAGCCCUACAGAACGGAGUUAAUGUGGAUGACAACUGCUUGCUGGCUUACGUGGUGGACUCCGAGGUGUUGACUAGAAGACAAGACGAAGCCUACAACAGCAUUAGCACUCUCCUCGACACCCUUGAAAGAUACUUCGGCUACGCCGCCUCAUCAGGCACCCAGCAUGUCAACAUGGAGAUCUUCUCCAGCUUCGAUGGAACCCGCGACUUGCUCUUCAAGAACACCGCCGUUGGCUUCUCAGAACCCACCAGAGCUACGACUCACCAGCCUGCUAAGAACUACAUUGAGCUGUUCAGCCAUUUGCAAGCCUGUACUGGUGCUGGCAACAACAUUCCGGUCCCUGGAUUGGCUAACAGAAGCUUCUAUUCCGUUCUGACUCUGGUUUUGUCUGCGCUGCUUACGCGUUUCAUUGUUUAUUAAGCUGUCAGGUCCUUUAGUCAAAAGGGGUUAUUGCAACUAUUUUUGUCGGCCUACUGAUGAGAGGGACAGAGUUUAUGUUGUUUCCCUAUCCCUCUUAGCAGGAUAGCAGAAAGUGUCCGACGAAAGGAUAGGUAACAACCCCUUUAGUCUAUUAGUUUUUUAUGCAAAUAGCGUCAAGUAUUCUACAGUAGUACAGACUAUCCAGGCUGCGUAGCCAACGUGCCAAUCGGUAACGCUCCGUAGCGAACGAAACGUCUGUCACUGUCGCACUAAUAUGGAAGAGUGAUAGAGAGAGAUGACUACGCUACGCCAUGGAGCGUUAACGAUUGGCACGUUGGCUAAGCACCCUGGUCUUUGGCCAUAUUCCAUAUUUCUACUGCAGUACGUACCUACUUACAAUUGCACAAACCUAAUUGCCAGAUUAUAAUUGAUCACAUUUUCUGUAGGUACGAUGGGAGAAAUCGAAGAUUUGUUGUUUGUAAGACAUUGAUGGUAUAUAGAUAAUUGGCAUUUCAAAUAUGGACAGUAAUCCACUGGACGUUUGCCGAGUCAAGACAAGUGGUACUAAGACACACCAAGCUACGUUCUGUGAGCGUUUGGUUAAGUAUUGAGUAAGGAUACAGGUGUGCGACUGAAACUUGAGUUGCGUUUCAAAGAAAUGUAUUUUAGAUUCAUUUAGAGGUCUAGUUACAUAGCCUGGUUUGUUUUUUAAACAUUGGGUAGGUACAAUGAUUUAUUUUCUGUUAUUUUAUUUUUUUCAGUUUAGUGAGUUUUGAUGUAAUCAAGUAGCAGAGUAGACUAUAGAAUGCAACUAAUUUGUUUCGUUUACCUAUUUUUAUGUGCAUUUACAGAUAUAACAAAGUAUUUUGUUAAUUUAAUUGUUCAAUUUAGAACUUUACACAUCUACAGGGAAAGUGUGUAUUAAACAUAUAUGUGUCUAAUGUUACUUAAAUAAUAGCUCAAAUAAAUGGGAUUUAAACUGCCACUAGCUCGAGAUAUGUUACAAAAGUUUAAAGAAAUGGCCCUCAUUAGCGCUUGAAAAAAAAAUCGGAAUUUACGUUUCAUUUAUCCACAUUGAAUUAGCAAGUCUUAAUACUAUUUAUUUCCUUGGUGUACCUAUUAAUUUAUUAUAGUUAAUUAGGUAGUAAAGUAUGAUAGUAGAACUUGUAGUAGGCAUUAUGUUUAUAUUAUAAGGUCUUGUUCAUAAAUACUUAUUUUACGAUCAAAACUGCCGUUCGCUAGAAAUUUAUUUUAAGUAACUCUUAAGUUUAAGUACACUUUCAAUAACUUCAAUACAAUAUCUAUCUGAAGGAAAAAUACCAAAUUAAUAUUACACCACAGACAUGGUAUAGUAGUUAUAGACAUGAAACCGAGCGACCAGGGGUAAAAGAAAGACAUAUUCAUGUAUUGACAGGUUAAUGUAUGGCAGCAUAAUCCUUUUUCUCUUUCACUCUUAUAAAUUUCAGUAUUUCGCCAUCGCCUCGUACCUAUGCUGCCUUAUGGACCGCCCGACCAUGAAAAAAAACCCGGUCGGUGAUAAGGACAAAGCAUGGCACUAUUUUCUCUUUCCUCUUAUAGGAAUCGCAAAAAGACUAUUUUUCUCUAUCAAAGAGUGUCAGGCCCUUGUAUUACACAUUCUGUCACAGUUGAAAUGAAAUACAAUUGAAAAAUAAAACAAAUAAGCAUCCGAUCCUACUGGUAACAAAUAAAAUAAAACUUUAUUUCUCGCGGGUGCAAAAACUAGAUGGCAUUAUCAAAUAAAGUUGAAAAGGCAUUUAGCGAUAUUCUUUGUGCCAUGUGCCAUCAUGAUCAUGGUGUUAAAUAUUUAAUAAAAAAUCAAGAACAGUUUUACAUGAAUACCUAUGUACUGAAUUAAUCAAUAAAGUGUGAUUGAAUUUUUAUCUUUAUGAAUAAAGUAUUUUUUGUAGAAA